GUGCCCUAAUAAAAAAGCCAGAUUCCUGAGUAGUAUGUGUGUCUCCAGGAGCGUGGAGGAGAGUGCUGGAAGGAGCCUGUGGAGGAGCGGAUGUGAGGAAGGACAGUAAAAAGCUUGGGGAUCAGGAGAGGACUUGAUAUAAAGGCUGCCUGGGACCAGCUGACACUCACACCGGUGGACGUCUGCUCAUCUUAAAGCACACUUCCCCCAAGUGACUGACCAGCGCUCACACAGCAAGACGGAGCAGAAUGAGCAUGCGCGGAGCAGUGGCUGGUUGCUUGGUGCUGGUGUGCCUGGUGGCACUGCUGGCCGAGAGGACAGAGGGACACAUCACCUUCUUCAGCCUAAAAGAGAUGAAGCAGAUGAGGGAUAGAGAGGGUACAAAGGACUUGGGGCCUCGGUCGGAAGAUAGUCAGUUAGAACCAGUCACUGUGCCAGAGCUUCCUCAGGUGGAACAUGAUGGGAAUCCUGAUAAAACAGUGGAGUUCACCGUCCGUCUAUCCCCAAAACAGCUGGAUCAUGUGGCCCCGGUGCUCGAAGAGUAUAUCGAGGAAAUACUUGAGGAGAAAGCCCAAUAGCGAGGCCGCAGACACUGGAGGAAGAAUGAAAUCAAUGCUCACAUGUUUUAUUGUAUUUUAAUGAAUCAGUCAAUAAAGGGAAGUAAUCAUAUCACUAA